AUGGGGAUCUGUACUUAUAACGCACGUACGCUUGCAUCGGAAGCGGCCAUCGAAGAUCUGAUGAUGCAAGCCAAGAAAAUCAAGUACGACGUCAUCGUGACCGAGACGAGACGACGUCACCCUCUCAACGCCGUAUAUGAAACUAGAGAAGAACUGUUCUUAGGAACAUGCGACAGUAGAGGUGUUGGUGGAGUUGGCGUCCUCGUCAACACGAAUAUGGCAAAGAACAUCGACUCCUUUGAACAACUUACGACCCGAAUCGGACCUCCGACAUCAAGCUACGAAGAAGAAGAAGUCGAAGCUUUCUAUAUGGAGCUGGAGAAGUUCUACCGAGAAGAUCAUGCCUUCUACAAGUUCAUAAUUGGCGAUUUCAACGCUAAGGUUGGCCCAAGAAGAACGACGGAGGAACUUCACAUCGGGACCCACGGCCUACAAUGGAAUGACCAGGGAGAUAUGCUCUCCGAGUUCAUCAUGACGACUAAGACCAUCCAUGGGAACUCGCAAUUCCAGAAGCCCUCCUCUCUACGCUGGACGUGGGAGUCACCCGGUGGAGGGUACCGUAAUGAAAUAGACCACAUCAUCGUCAAUAAAAGAGAGAGAAAUCCCAGGACUACCAUCAACUGGGAUCUCUUUGCUACGCUAGCCGGCUUUUGGGAAGAUUCCGCAAUGGACAACAUCGACGAGGAAUAUGACCGGCUUGUUGAACACCUUCACGAAUGCGCGAAGAAGGCUGAGAGUUUUAAAACCACCAAGAGGCGCCUGUCUCUUCAAACUCUUGAGCUGAUACGCCAGCGUGGAGCAGCACGAGCCGCAGGGAACCAAGAACUCACGUCCGAGCUCGCAAGACUUUGCAGAGGGGCGAUAAAGGAAGACCUUAAAGAGAGAAGAGCAGAAGUGCUGGCUGAAGCUGCAGAGGCGGGGAAAAGCAUCCGCUAUGCCCGUCGAGACUUCGGCAUUCGCAAGACAAGGAUGACUGCUCUCAGGAACCCGAAGGGAACAACCACUGCAUCGAGAAGGGGGAUGGAGAAAAUCAUCUACGACUUCUACUCUGAUCUCUUCGACAGCCAUGUCCACUUGCCUCCUCACCAUCUGAGGGAAGAUGGACAAGUCAUUCCAGAGGUUCUCCCGUCCGAAAUACGACAUGCUAUCAUGUCGGUAAGAAAUCGUACGGCACCCGCUCCCGACAGAAUAAGACCAGAACACCUGAAGAGCCUUCCGCCAGUACUCAUCAACACCCUGGCGAGGCUCUUUACACGUUAUCUGUCGGAAUGUAAGGUUCCUAAACAGUGGAAGACCAGCAAGACCGUGUUGUUGUAUAAAAAGGGAGAUCCACAUGACAUCGGCAACUAUCGUCCAAUCUGCCUACUGUCCGUCAUCUACAAGCUCUUUACAAGAGUAAUCCUUAAUAGGAUUGAAAAAGUCUUGGAUGAAGGACAGCCAUGCGAGCAAGCAGGGUUUCGAAAAGGAUUCAGCACGAUUGACCACAUUCACACUGUUUCGAAACUCAUCGAGGUAUCACGAGAGUACAAGAUGCCGCUCUGUCUCACCUUCAUCGACUUAAAGAAGGCUUUCGACUCGGUUGAGACGGAAGCGGUCGUGGAAGCCUUGGACAGCCAAGGCGUCCCUACUCAGUAUAUAAAAGUAGUUCGAGAGUUGUACAGUAACUUCACGACCGGAAUUUCGCCAUUCUACAAGAACAUCAUCAUUGACGUGAAGAGGGGGGUCCGACAGGGUGACUCAAUUUCACUCAAAAUAUUCACAGUCACCCUCGAGAACGCAAUGCGAAAGUUGGAAUGGGACGACAUGGGAGUGAAGGUUGAUGGUCGGCAGCUACACCAUUUGCGCUUUGCUGAUGACAUCGUACUGGUAACACCUAGCAUCAGCCAAGCGGAACGAAUGCUGACCGAAUUCGACGAAACAUGUGGAUGCAUCGGUCUUCAGUUGAAUCUACAAAAGACGAUGUUCAUGCGGAACGGAUGGGUCUCGGAUGAUCCAUUCACGCUCAGCGGAACGAACAUAUCCGAAUGCACCAGCUACGUUUAUCUGGGUCGGGAACUGAACAUGAUGAACAACCUGACCCCCGAGCUGGGCAGGAGGAGACGAGCGGCUUGGGGAGCGUACAAGAGCAUCGAGGAUGUAGUGAAGAAGACCAGGAACACCCGGCUCCGUGCUCACCUCUUCAACACCACCGUACUUCCUGCUUUGACCUAUGCUUCGGAAACCUGGGCAUUUCGCAAGCAGGUGAGCGUCAUUGAACGCGCAAUUGAGAGAGUGAUGCUAGGAGUAUCCCGUUUCACGCAAGUGAGGGACAGGAUUCGAAGUUCCCUCCUACGUCAGCGAUCGAUGAUUAGAGACGCCGCCGCGUUUGCCAAGGAAAGUAAAAUAAGGUGGGCCGGACACGUGAUGCGCUUUGAUGACAACCGUUGGACCAGAGCCGUGAGCGACUGGGUUCCCAGCGAUAUUAAGCGCACUACAGGAAUACCGCCGACCCGAUGGUCAGAUUUCUUCAAGAAGUCCUUGAAAGAAAAAUAUGAUGCUCUUCGUGUCCCACGCGAAAGGAGGAACCACUGGGCUACUCUGGCACGCGAUCGGGACAAAUGGAAGACACUGGCGCCCGCUCGACCAGUUCGAAGAUCAACGGGAGUCAAGGUGAUCAAGGCAAAGCGAAGAGGAACUACCAAGAGGUGCCUAUCUCCAAAAAUCCUAGAGCUAAUGCGUCAGCGUGUAGCUGCACGAGCUGCAGGCAGCCACGAUCUAACGUCUGAGUUCGCAAGGCCUUGCGAAGAAGCGAUAAAAGAAGAUCUUGAAGAGAGAAGAGCAGCAGUAUUGGUCGAAGCAGUAGAGGAACCUUCCGCCAGUUCUCGUCAACAUUCUGGCGAUGAUGUUCACCCGUUACCUGUUGGAAUGCAAGGUUUCCAAACAAUGGAAGAACAACAAGAUCGUACAGUUGUAAGAAGGGAACGUGACGUCGGCAACUAUCGCCCAAUCUGCUUACUGUAUGUCAUUCAAAAGACAACUUCACGACCAAAAUUCCCAUUUCACAAGAAUAUCAUUGACGUGAAAGGAGGAGUCAGACACGGUAAUGCAGUCUCACCUAAAAAUAUUCACGGCCACCUUCGAGAACGUAAUGCAAAGCUUGGAAUGGGAGGACAUGAAAGUGAAGGUUGA